GGAAAAACACCAGGAAGUCACACACACAUACACACUCCCACACACACACAGAGCCUGGAGGUGACAGAAUGAAGAGGUGUAUUUUUUAAAACCCAGCUUCAUUUACACCCGGGAAACAUUUAAUCGGGAAGCGAGUAAAUAAAAAAGGCGGAAAAUAUGGAGGCGUGUAGUGCAGGAAGUGGGAUUAGCAUUAGCUUGUGUCUGAGCAACACAGCAAGCUGGAGCAGAGGGAAAGAGAUUCACACUGCAGCUUAACACACGGAAUUAAUCUCAUUCAUUCAUCCCUUCAUUCAUUGUUUAUUCCUCCUUCAGAAUCAGGAGAAGAGAAAAGAACUUGGUGAUAUUUAUUUAUUAUUUUUCUUGGUUCCUCAAUCGUUCACUUCCGGAUUAGCUGGAGAAGUCUUCCCUGGACUGCAGCUCACCCCUGAAGGAAUCAUUAGGCCAUGACGUCUGUGCGGUUGAAGUACCUCUCUCUGGGUGUGCUGGUGUUCCAGACCACCUCUCUGGUGCUGACCAUGAGAUACUCGCGCACGCUGCAGGCUGAAGGGCCGCGCUACCUCGCUUCCUCCGCCGUGGUGCUGGCCGAGCUGCUCAAGAUCCUCACCUGCAUCUGCCUCGUCUGCAAAGAGCACAGUUACAGUGUCCGUGCUCUCAGCAGUAUCCUCAGGCAGGAGAUCCUCCAUAAGCCAGUGGAGACGCUGAAGCUGGCCAUUCCCUCAGGAAUCUACACACUGCAGAACAACCUACUGUACGUGGCACUUUCCAACCUCGACGCUGCAACAUACCAGGUGACCUACCAGCUGAAGAUCCUCACCACCGCCCUGUUUUCCGUCUCCAUGUUGGGUCGCAAGCUCGGUCUCUAUCAGUGGCUCUCACUCAUCAUUUUGAUGACUGGAGUAGCUCUUGUGCAGUGGCCCACGGACUCUCCAGGUUCCCCAGAGAAGCAACAGGCCACAACAGGGUCUCAGUUCGUGGGUUUGGUGGCCGUUUUGGUGGCUUGCUGCUCCAGCGGCUUUGCUGGUGUUUACUUUGAGAAAAUCCUCAAAGAGACCAAGCAGAGUGUGUGGGUCAGAAACAUCCAGCUGGGUCUUUUCGGUCUGGUUUUUGGCCUGUUUGGGAUGCUGGUGUAUGAUGGAGAGAGAGUGAAGGAGCAUGGAAUGCUUCAGGGCUACAACUCCAUCACCUGGACAGUGGUUUCUUUACAGGCGUUAGGAGGUCUGGUCAUUGCUGCCGUUAUUAAAUACGCAGAUAAUAUUCUGAAGGGUUUCGCCACGUCCCUGUCCAUCAUCCUGUCCACGCUCAUUUCCUACUUCUGGCUGCAGGACUUUGAGCCGACGAGCAUCUUCUUCCUGGGAGCCGUGCUGGUCAUAGUGGCGACGUUUUUGUACGGCUACGAAAACAAACCCGCGUCCAACCCGAGCCGAGCGUGACGUCAAGCCGUGGACACCAGAGUGCUGAAUGAGGUCCAGGAUGGAGCUGAAGAGACAGAGGGGAAUGCAGGGAUGAAAUGAGGAGGAGAUGGGGAGAGAGAGAGAGAGAGAGAGAGAGAGAGAGAAAGAGAGAGGGGGAGAGAGAGAGAGAGAGAGAGAGAAAGGAAGGGAGGUGGAUGGAGGUGUCCGAAAAUGACUCAUUAAUUGAGCAAGAGUGUGCAGUCGUGUGAGGGAUUGGAGACGGAGAGCUGCAGUGAGCCAGAUGAGCUUCUACAACCAUCACAGUACAGGAGGAGGAACCUCGAGCACAAGAUAAACUCUUCCUCUGUUCACCAGAACACAAACACAUGAAGAAAGUACUGAAGUGCCAUUCAGAUGUGUGUGUGUGUGUGUGCAUGAGAGAGUGUGUGUGUGUGUGUGAGAGAGAGAGAGAGAGAGAGAGAGUGUGUGUGUGCGCGAGAGAGCAUGCAAAAGUGUGUGUGUGUGUGUGUGUGCGUGCGAGAGUGAGAAAGAGACUGUGUGUGUGUGUGGUGUUAGCCAUGUCACACAGAUAAUGCAGGACUUGUUUCCUGAGCAGUCGUGUGGAUCAGUUUCUCCUGCGAACAAACUCCAGACACUGAAAAUGCAAUGAGUUUAAUAAUCUGUUUAAACUUGAAGUGAAAUUAAUAUUAAAUCAUUUUAAUAAGUA